AUGGUGUCUCAACUACAGCAAGAGAACCUUCAGUUACGCAUUGACAAAGCAAAGAAGCCCAAGCGCAGAAAGAAAGCAAUUCCCAGGAAGCGAGCAUUCGAUGCAGUGGAUCAAUCCCAACCACUACCACCACCACCACCACCAUCAUCAUCACAGCCUUUAAUCCAACCACCACAACAAGAGAAUAUACCCAGUAAUAGCAGCAACAACAACAACAUGAACAACAGUAAAGAGCACACAGUCAAUGACCUGAUUAUAACCACACAUUCAAAACGAAGCUGUAACAGUAAACCCAUCAGUUAUGUCUUACCGAGCUCAAAAUGUAAACUAAGAAAAGGAGAUCCUUAUACAUUUGGAAACGAAUAG